AUGGGGAGAGACCCCACGCUGUGGGAUGCACCAGAUGAGCUUAGGCCUGAGAGGUUCUUAGGGAAGGCAAUUGAUGUGAAGGGACAGAGUUUUGAGUUCUUUCCAUUUGGCUCAGGAAGGAGGAUGUGCCCUGGUUAUAGUCUUGGACUGAAAGUGAUAAGGUCUUGCUUGGCCAACAUGUUGCUUGGGUUCAAUUGGAAAUUGUCUGAGAAUGUGAGAAAAGAAGAUUUGGGCAUGGAGGAAGUUUAUGGAUUGUUAACACCUCGGAAGUUCCCACUUGUUGCCGUAGUUGAACCUCGGCUACAAAUCCAUCUUUACUAG